CUUUACUUUAGAAACCACUUUCAAUCUACUUCACUUUUACUUUGAAUGAACAAGAACCAUCAAUCCGAAAUGAAUUCUGCUCCCAACAGCAACAAUAACUCUAAGAGCACAACACAGCAAGAUCCAGAAGAACUUUAUGUUAGACAAGAUAGAAUCGGGAAAGGUAGCUUUGGUGAAGUCUUCAAAGGUUUUGAUAAGCGAACUCGCAAACCAGUUGCCAUCAAAGUUAUCGAUCUAGAGAGCGCAGAAGAUGAAAUUGAAGACAUUCAACAAGAGAUAGCUAUCCUCAGUCAAUUGGACUCGUGUUUCGUGACCAGGUACCAUGGCUCUUAUCUCAAGGGUACCAGUCUCUGGAUCAUCAUGGAGUAUUGCAGUGGCGGAAGUUGUAGUGAUCUGAUGAAACCUGGCGUAUUUCGCGAGGAGUAUAUCGCCAUUGUACUCAAGGAAUUGCUAAAGGGAUUAGACUAUCUCCACAACGAAGGCAAAUUACAUCGUGACAUCAAGGCUGCCAAUGUGCUCUUGAGCUCAACAGGAGAAGUCAAGCUUGCCGAUUUUGGGGUUAGUGGGCAAUUGACAGCUACGAUGACAAAGAAGAAUACAUUUGUCGGGACACCUUACUGGAUGUCUCCUGAGGUCAUAAAGCAAUCGGGAUACGAUUUCAAAGCCGAUAUCUGGUCCCUUGGAAUCACUGCGAUCGAACUUGCAAAAGGAGAACCGCCGUAUGCUGACCUACAUCCGAUGAAGGUGCUGUUUUUGAUUCCGAAAAAUCCACCACCGGUGUUAGAGGGUCCGGAGUAUAGCAAGAAUUUCAAAGAUUUCAUUGGCGAGUGUUUGAAGCGAGAUCCGAAUGCUCGACCGACCGCCAAGGAGCUACUGAAACAUAAAUUCAUCAAGAAUUCCAAAAAGACCAGUUAUCUCACCGAGCUUAUCGAAAGGUUGGAAAGAUGGAAGAUUGAAGGAGGCUACAAUUCUAAGACUGCAGGGAAUGCUGCUGAUCACGACUACAACUACGGAAAUGAUGAUCAUUCUGGAUCAACCAACGAUAUGUGGGAUUUUGGUACAGUCAAAAAGGGUACAACAAGGCGAGUGAUACCCAAUAGUACAGGAUCGCCUCGCAAGCCUUCAGCACCAACUUCUAGUCGAGCUCCCAUUCCAUCCUCCACGAAGCCAAAAGACAAAGCCAAACAAAAAGCCCCGAACACCACCGAUCCGAUGACCAAGAAAGUCUCCCCAGGGGUUGUUCCUCGAGACUAUGCCGCUGAGCCCAAAUUUGAUACGGUGCGACAUACCUCCGUUUCACCACAUCCACCUUACACCAGCGAAUCGCGUCACUCACGUCCAGAUGGCCCCAGUGGCUCGAAGCGAUCCCCGAAUCAACACAAGAAGAAAAUUUCUCCGGGCUCUGACAGCUCAUCUCCCAAGGAGGAGCGAAGGAAAUCACAGUCCAGUCAAGCGAUGAUGGCCAAUGGUGCACAUCUACCGCCUUCCAGCUCUAUGAAUAGAGUACACAGCCAUAGUAAUACAAACAACCGGAGCUCCAGCGAUCGGAAAACCAACAAGGAAAAUGUGAACAGUCAUCAACAACAAAGCUUUGCGGCUCAGAUUGGUUCGGGUAAAGGGAGCGUUCGAGCCAAGUCAUUUUCGCUCCAUCACGAGUCUCUCCAUUCUCAACCAAGCUCCCGCAACGGUCAUGGUCGACAAGGUACGGAGGUCGAGGCUGCCUACAAUAGGAAGCCAGGUGUAUCAUCCAAGGUUGAAUCGCGAAGCCAAAGCACCAAGUCUGGUCAGAAAGACCGCGCAAUCGAAGAUGUGUCACGAAACCAACCCCCGAAGAGUCGACAAUCGGCAUCUGUCGAGUUAGAAGAGGAGGAGGAUCAGGAGGAGGUCGGGGAUGAAGAUGAAGAAAGCUUAGGAGAGAUUUUGGACACCGUUGUGAUCCCGGUGCUACAGUCUAUCCGGAGUCGUAUCAUUGGUAAUGCAGCAGCAGUUGAAGCUAUUGAUCGAUUUCAGCUUGCGAUUGAGAAAGCUGAGAGUGAAGUUCCAGGCCUUUUGAAUGUGUUCGUGUCCGAAGUUGUGGACUCAGUCGAACAAGUGGAUAAUGACGUCGAGUAAUGGACUUGAUGAUCACGCUGCUAUUCUCCAGUGUUAUUUCUCAUACGAUCUCGGAUUGAAUCAGUAUAACCUUUAAGACUCUAUCAUUUUAAUCUUCUCAAGAAUGCAAACCCUGCUCUAUGCUUCUAUCUCUGUGCAUUGAAAUUGACAUAUGUUGGUGUAAAUGUAUCAUUUUUUUGUUUUGUGAUUUUUUUGUUAUAGAUGUAGAGCUCAUGAUAAGUAAGAAUGUAUGGUUAAAGUAGUAGUUAAAUCAUAAUGUUUUCUUUUUUUGUAAUCCAACCUUAUCUGUUCUUUAUCACUAUUACUCUUGCAAUAUCUUUUUGCCUGUAUAUAAAAACCAUCAAUUUUUAAUAUGAUCAAUCUUUACAAAACAAAACGUCUGUACAACCCUUUUCUCUUCAUCUUCCUGGUCUUUUUCAUC